GACGGAUGUCAUGAAGUGAUUUACAGAAGAACUAACAUAGAAACUAGUAAGAGGACUCAUUGCGAAUGCACGGACGGAGUUUAAACCGUGAUCCCGUCCUUAGAGCACUGACCACUCGUGGAUAAAAGUCAAAAUCGCCAUAGACGGGAAAUGGCAAAACUGAAAGCAGAAACAUCGGACACGAAAACUGUCAGUAAUGGGAAGGCGUCAGCGGCGCGUGAUGUCGAGACCGGAAGCGGAAAUGGGAGCUGCAGCAGCGGCCUAGCGCCCAUUCCACCUGAUGGAGGAUGGGGGUGGGUGGUUACCAUGGCGUCAUUCAUGGUUGGCGUCAUUGUGGACGGAAUAUGCUUUACGUUCGGUUUCUUCUUUGCGGAUUUCCAGGCGUAUUUCGGUUCCAACCGGAGCACCACAGCCUCCAUCAAUUCUGUCCAGACGGGGACAUACCUGACUGUAGGGCCGCUGGUCGGCGCGCUCGUGAAUAAGUUCGGGUGUCGUUCGGUGGCGAUGGUUGGCGGGGUCGUGACGUCAGUGUCGUUUUUCUUGUGCACGUUCUCCCCGAACGUAGAAACUAUGAUCGUCCUGUACGGAUUAUGUGGAGGUAUAGGGUUCGGUCUGAUGUACCUCCCGGCCAUCGUCAUGGUGGGCUACUACUUCGACAAGCGGCGAGCCCUCGCCACCGGGAUCGCCGUCUGCGGCAGUGGCAUAGGAAGCUUUGUGUUCGCACCGCUCAGCGAGUACCUGUUGAGCCAGUACAGUUGGAAAGGCGCCAUGUGGAUUAUAUCCGCCAUAUCCCUCAAUGGAUUCGUGUGUGCCGCCCUUUACCGGCCGCUGUCGUACACAGAAGAGGACGAGGGAGUUAGAAGCGCAGCUGAGGCUCCAGAAGACGAGCUUGGAGUGGAGGUCGACUCCCGAGUGCCGCUUUUUAAGCCAACACUGAAUAUUGUGAAAAAUAUAACACCUAUAUAUAGAUGUAAAUCACUGGAAGCUUGCAACCAAAAACCUGGUGACAAAACGGCGGAAAUUGCGCGUCUUGGGCAUAGCAUGUUCCUUGAUGCGGAACCUCGCUCCCGGAAGCACGCUAAAGGUCGCCACGUCCUGAAACCGCUAGAGCGGAAGGACAUCUUUUACAGCGGCAGCAUCCAGCAUCUUCCGGAAUAUGUCAAAGCCGGAAAUGAGGAAAAGUUUGUAAGAAGUAUGUUACAUUUGAACGAACAUGAAACUGACGCUGUAAAAGAUACAAAGACAUGUGCAUUUGACUGUCAAAAAGUGUUUGCAGAAAUGUUUGACUUUUCUCUUCUGAAAAGUCCAACAUUCGUCAUCUAUCUCUUCUCGUGCUUUCUCUGUAUGAUUGGUUUCUUUACCCCAUUCAUCUACCUUCCAGAUAUCACGUCCAAAUACGGCAUGUCCUCCUCACAGUCCGCAUGGAUAAUCUCAACGAUCGGAAUAGUGAACACAGUGGCCCGGAUCUUAGUCGGCUAUGUAUCCGACAAGUCUUGGGCCGACGCUAUUCUGAUCAACACAGUUGCCUUGGUGAUCGCGGGCGUCACCUCAAUGUUUGUGCCGUUCUACCGAAUUUACGCCGUCCUCAUUGUGUAUGCGAUAUUGUUUGGGUUUAGCAUAGCGGCGUUCGUUUCGCUGCGGUCCAUUAUAAUCGUGGAACUAUUGGGCAUCGACAAGUUAACCAGCUCGUUCGGGCUUGUGGUCCUUGCCCAGGGGCUCUCAACGUUCGUGGGCUCCCCUAUAGCUGGUGCGCUAUACGAUGCGACAGGCGAUUACAAGGCAUCAUUUUAUCUAUCAGGGACGGUAAUCGCUAUUUCAGGACUGAUUUGUCUCCCUUUGCGACGUUUAAAGCGCUGGGAAGUGGAACGGGAUAAAAAACGGGAAGAGGAGCUUGUUCAAUUAAAACACGGGACGGAAACGGAGUUGCUUAAAAUGUCAAACGGAACAGGAAACAAACAACUGCCUUUUAAAGGUGGUGAAAAACCGUUCCAAAACUAAUAAAAAAGCUUUUUCAAAAUGUGGCUUACUUUAAGUAAGUCAUGUAACGACACCCAAAUUGAACGUUUCUUGUCGUCGGAUAUAAGUGAUUUGAUUGUCUCCAUUGAUCUAUCUAUAAUGCAUAGAUGACACGAGUGGGAAAAUGUCUUCAGAUUCUUACAUUCCCUUUACUUAUAGUGUUAUACUCAAUAGGCGAGUGUAGUGAAGUAUUGGACCGAUCGUUCAGAACUUUGUUUAAAGUGCCAAUCGUAUUUAAAUCAGUUCAUACAAUGAUAAACCUUUAACUACUUACUAAAUGAUGCAUUUGUGGAAAAUAUUACUGAUAACAAGAUUGUUACCAUGUAUUUAAUAGCUGAAAACGCAAAAAUAUUAAGUGAUUGGUGAGUGCUUAUAGUUUUAAAGUGAUCAACUGUCCUCUCUAAUGCUCUAGUAACAGUGUCUCAAAUAUUGUUAGGAAUACUGAAGCUCACAAGCGUAUCCAUUAAACGUUCAGGCCAAUAAAGAUUUAAACAUCAGCAACAAUGACGUUAACAACGUUGUUAACUUUAACAAUGAUCUGAACGAUAGGUUCAUUGUCAUAUUUUGGGGCCCAAGAGAAAAUGUUCAUAUUCACACAAGACGAAGAACCGUAGAAAUAAAGUAUGUUGAAUGAUAAUUUAAUGGAGAAAAAUAUAUUUGAGGACCGGUGUGUCUCGUGCAGAAAUGGGAAAUGUGUUCUGUGAUAAAAUUGUGCAAAAUGUAUUAAUACUAAGUAUACUGUUUUCGUUUUGUUAUAAACUUGUACUACGAUUGUUUUAUACAAAAAAAUCCAUAUUUUAACGUUUGUUCUAAACAUAUACAAUAACUUUGAUUUUUAUUUUAAAUUGAUGUGUAUAUACUAAAUAUAUAUACUUAAUAAAUAAUGAAUGAAA